CGCCCUCGGAUCGAUCGACGGCCUCCGGGUUCGCAUCGCGCUGAUCGAAUCAACAUGUCAGUUGACCGAUACAGUCGGCACAUAACAUUUGGCGUAGUUGCUAAACCCGCGCCGUAACCAUGUCAUUUUCCGGCUUCGACACAAGCCGCCACAACACGGCGGCGGCAGGCUUUUCGCAGGCCCAUAACCCCUUUGCCGGUCUUUCCAAUCGCGAAGAGGAGGGCGAUGCUCUGGAAUUCGAAGAUACCUACGAUGGGUUGGGCGACCAACUGGAGGAGACGGGUGACGCUUUCAAUGAUGAUACCUUCGGGGACGCUGCGGACUUGAGCAGCGGACCGGCAGGCAAGGAUUUCGACUUCUUCGGUUCUACCGCCAAGGUCGCCAAUGCCAUCGAGGAAGAGCACGCCCGUUUCAGCCGUCAGCAACCUGCCGCAAAAUCCUCUCAGCCGGCGUCUCAAGCUCCCCCCCAUGCUGCUUUACAGAGUUCCUCUGGACUAUCCUCGUAUAGCCAAUACUCCCAGCCGGCGGCACGCAAGCCUGCUCGUACCGGCUACGAAAAGUACAGCAGCGAGCCAGUCGCUGAGUUACAGGUUGAUGCGGCUCUUUGGGGUGUUGCGCCCAAGAAACAGUCUCAACCAGCUUCCACUGCCUCACCGGCCGCCACGUCCGCCUCAACAGUGCCCGGCCGGAAAGUGCUCAGUUUGGAGGAAGUUGAAGCGCAGAUGCGCGCUCAAGCCAAGAAGGCCGCCCAGCAAGCUACUCCGUCUCCGGCGCCUCCGCCGGCCGCCAUUCCGUCCGGCCCUCACGCGCAAGCUCCUCCACCGAUGCACUAUGAUCAAGCUUACCAAUACUCCCACCACGCGCCACCUCAGCUGCCGCCACAACCUGAUCACAAUCGCAGUGAUCAGACGUUAUCUCACGGUCAUGGACAUCCUGUCACGAUUCUGCAGAGGCCCAGCUCUAAACAAGGGGCCUCGCCACAGCCCGCAGCCCAACCCCCGGCUCACCUUCGCCAGCAACCACCGGCUCCCGUGCAGCCAACACAGAUCUUGCAGAAUCCUAACCGCCUUUCGGGGGAUGCGGCGAGACUGGGAAUGCGCCAGCAUCCCGCCCCGACAAUACCGGGCUACCCGUCUCACCCAGCCCAUCGCCAUCAAGGUUCAUUCUCUCGACAGCCACAGCUCAUCACCCAUCCUUCUCAGCUUGCGCAGCUCAGCGAGGAGGAGAAGGCGGCCUACUUGGAACAGGAAGCGAAGCGGGCUAAGCGCAACCACAAAAUCUUCCUCAUGUCCCGCGACAACGGCAUCAUGACACCGCAGGAUAAGAGCUUCGUUACUCGGAUCCAACUCCAACAACUUGUUGCCGCCACUGGCAAUCCUAAUGAGCACGGCACUGAUGAGUCUCUCGCCGAGGAUUUUUACUACCAGGUCCACAGCCAAAUCCAAGGAGGGCAGCGCCAGAAUCCCAACCAGCCGCUUAACAACUUCGCGCAGACCUAUCUCUUCCAGACCGGGAGCCGCCAGGGUGGCAUGCGUCGUCAGCACCGCGGACCUGAGAACCACAUGCAGCGCAUGGAGCAGCAGGUCCAGCGGGCUGUUGAAGCCGCCAAGAAUAAACCAAAGAACAAGCAGCUGGUGAUCGAAGGGAGUUUGGGAAAGAUCUCAUUCAGCAAUGCCAAGACACCCAAGCCGCUCCUCAACAUCAAGCGCACUGAGAGCACCGGGGAUGCUCAUCGCCCUGCCAGCGCCCACAAGCAUGCGGCCCCAACCGGUGACAGGAAGAGCGAGUUGCGCACCAUCGAACGCGUCUACACUACGCUCAUGCAGAUGGAGGAUCAUGACAGGAACAUGCCCCCACCUCCGGCGAAUGAUGCCGAUACGGAGGCCAUCCAGAAGUUCGUCACCUGGAACAGCGAGGCUCAAAUCCUCAACAAGCAUCUCUGGGAGAGCCUCCGGAUCCACGACCAUCCCGAUAACGGCCGCGUGCACCCAUUUAUUGCCCUCUUAUCUUAUAGCAAAGGCAUGAAGGCGAUGCAGCGCAUCUCCCGUCAUCUCACCCAUGAGCAACGCACGACGAUCCUUACCCUCAUUCUCGUGAACCUCGACAGCCUCGAGGUCGUUCGCAACGCCCAGGUGACCUCGGAGUCGAUGCAGCUGAACGCUGCCAUGCGCGAAAACGUGGAGCUUUUCUCUCUUGCCGUCAUGUCGACCUUGUUCAACAUCUUGAAUGAGCUCGAUCUGGACCUCGUUGCCGGCAUGCUUGGCCUUGUCUGCACUCGCAAUGUUGACGUGAUCGCCAAGAGCAGAAUCGGCGCGUCCAUGCUCACCAUGAUCCUAAGCCGCGCCGAAAUCAUUAAGCACGGUGGAGGCGGUAGCGAGCAGGCCUGGCGCUCAUGGGAUGUCACCCACACACAGUUCUUCGACCUCAUCGAGCCCACGCUCCCCCACAUGUUCCCCGGCCCAGUCACAGCCAGCGACGACAUCUACGUCUGGCAGCUGUUAGCCGCCCUCGGAAUUGGGGCUUCCCCUGAACAACAACAGAGACUCGUGUUGGCUGUCAAGGACCGUGUCAUGGAUACGGUUGCGCUCUCCAAGACUCUUCCUCAGGAUCUUGCGGCACAGCGUCUACAGAACGUUAAUUUGUUCAUGCGCUCAAUCGGCCUGGAUGUUGAGCUGCUUCAGUAAGCGUUUCGAAGGGAAGGCACGCGCAGCAUGCCCACGGGUAGCAGUGCC